CCAGUCUGACUGGCUUGAUUAACAUUAAAACGCCACAAUUACAUCAAUCGUUCCCCUCUCUGCUCUGCCGAGUUUGACGACUAAAACUAUAGAGAGAACGCAAAAUUAUACCUUAAUUGGACAUUUAAGGUGACUUAAAACAUCUCGACGAGGAAUACGACGGUCUUUAUAUCUUUAUAAAGGUCUUUGUCCUUCUGCUACGAGACAAAAUGGGGCGUAUCUUCCUGGAUCACAUCGGAGGGACUCGCCUCUUCUCUUGCGCCAACUGUGACACCAUCCUGACCAACCGAGCUGAACUCAUCUCCACACGCUUCACCGGAGCCACCGGCCGAGCUUUCCUGUUCAACAAGGUUGUGAAUCUGCAACACAGCGAGGUGCAGGACAGAGUCAUGCUGACGGGGAGACACAUGGUGCGGGACGUCAGCUGCAAGAACUGCAACAGCAAGCUCGGCUGGAUGUACGAGUUCGCCACGGAGGAAAGCCAGCGCUACAAGGAGGGCCGAGUCAUCCUGGAGAGGGCGCUGGUGAGGGAGAGCGAAGGCUUCGAGCACGUUCCCUCCGACGCCUCCUGAUUUCGCUUCCGUUGUCGCCACGAUGCUCAAUCAGUGCAUAGUACAGCUUUCCCUCCAGCAGCAGCAGUGCAUGGACUUGCAUGGGCAGUGUUCCAUUUGUGAGUAGAGCUACACCAAAAUAAUAUCACUAGCAGGGUGUUUUGUGGGAAAAGUUGCAGGACAAGUGAUGGAUAUUUCUCCAAAUUGCAAACAUCUGGGGAUUUCUCCUGAGAAGGGAAAUACCAUUGAUUCACUGCUCAUUUAAAAUCACCUACAGUUUCAGUGUGUGCCCAACAGGCUGUGGUGUUUUUGAUGGGAUGUUGGCUGCUGUCAGAUGAAGAGGAUUUGCUCCUGUAGCCGUACAAGAGGCUUCGACAGAUAGGGCUUGAAAUGUGGAAACUUAACUGGACCAGUUGAGACUAUUGAUGCUGUCUGAUUUAGUGAAAUGUUUUUGCUUUAAGAGUUAGUUACUAAGCUACAAGAUAUUCCUUUCCUCGCAAGUGGUACGAGCAGUUAUUUAUGUAUCCAUCCAGCAUUAUCUGUAAUACAAUAAAUAUAGACAAAAAAAAAGCCAAAACUGUAAUAAUUUAUUAUAUUGUUGAUGUUACUUUCUUUGAAACUUUUUUUCUUUUCAACAUAUGCAUUUCAGUAAUAUGUGUCCAUUCUGUUCUAGCCAUGUGUGUUCCUCAUUUGUACAGCAUUUGAAUUAUAUUUCAUUUAAAAACAAAAAAGCAAAAAAAAAAAAGAAAAAGUUUUAAAAUGUUUGUAUUCACUUGUGGCAUUUCUUCUUCCUUUGUGAAAAAUAAAACAUCGUUCAUGGUUUAAA